CCCUGGCGAACUAUAAACAGUUGAGCAUCAGGGGUCGUCCGUGUGUUACUUUGGUUAGACGAUUAUAUUUAGAGAAGCGAUAACAUCUUUAACAAGCGGUAUAACUUUAGGUGUGCUUGAAAUAUUAUCACAAAUAUUUCCCUACAACCAACAGAGGAGUCCAGUAAUAUUCUUAGAAAUCUGAGAAUAUUAAACUGGUUGAGCAUUGAGUUAUUAUACAGAGCUGCUCGUAGGCAAGAGAGAAGGAUGUUGGCGGAGGCGGCGCUGGGGGUGCUGCUGCUGGUGCUGCUCUUCACCUUAGCCAACAGGAGGCCUAAAGGACUCCCUCCAGGUGAGUGGGGCUGGCCUGUGCUGGGUGCCUUGAUGCCGGUAGGAGUGACCAUGGAUGAGCACGUCAAGACGCUGAGACACAAGUAUGGCGACAUUUUCACGUGGAGGAUGGGUAGCCGUACUAUGGUCUUCGUCAACAACUUUCAACUCAUCAAAACAGCUUUCAAUAACCCCGACCUACAAGAACGUCCUGAUUCCUUCACACUUGACUCUUUCAGCGAUUUUGUGAAAGCUGGCAUCAGUAAUAGUAAUGGAGUCCACUGGCUCAAUAGUCGCCGAUUUGCAUUACGUCAACUGAAGGAUCUAGGAAUGGGCAAGUCAAGCCUAAUGGAAGCGAUGCACUACGAGGCGAUGUGUCUGGUGGAUGACUUCAAGAAACACACGGGACAACCUCAGCCUAUACCCAAGUCACUCAACGUUGCUGUACUGAAUAUUAUCUGGAAACUCACUGCAGACAUACGCUACGAUGUAGACGACCCCAAAACCCAAAAAUUUCAAGAUAUGAUCAUCGACGUCCUCGAGAAAAGCCAAGGACCCUCCCUGAUAUUCGACAUGUGCCCUUGGCUGGUUACCAUCUGCCCACCUUUCGUCAACAAGUACCUCGGCGUUACCUCUAUGUUGGAAUCGUACGCCAAGAUCAAAGAGUUCAUGUUGAGAGUGGUGAAGGAGCAUCAAGCGUCGCUGGACCCCGAGAAGCCGAGGGACUACAUUGACUUUUACCUGUUGGAGAUGGAGGCACAGCAGAGCAACCCAGAAUCCACUAUGAGCGAAUUAGACCUGUGGGUCCACGUGGCAGAUUUGUUCACAGCUGGGAGCGAGACGACUAACCAUACGCUGAUGUGGGCUCUGAUGAUCUUGGCCAAGUACCCAGACGUCCAGGCCAGAGUGCAGCGCGAGAUUGACGACGUGGUGGCCAGAGGAACCCUCCCCACCCUCCAAGAUAAACCCAAACUGCCGUACCUGGAGGCCGUCAUACACGAGGUCAACAGGUUCGUGUCUUUGGCCCCUCUGGGAUUUACACACUCGGCAAGGACCGACACCCAACUUGCUGGCUUCACCAUACCAAAGGGCACCAUGAUCAUCCCUAACCAAGAGAUGUGCCACAAAGAUCCAACCUACUGGGAGAAGCCUGAAGAGUUCUACCCGGAGCAUUUCCUCGACAGUGAGGGAAAACUGAGCCUAAGGAAGGAGAAUUAUCUUCCCUUCUCUAUUGGUCGACGUGUUUGCCCAGGAGAGUCUCUGGCUCGCAUGCAACUUUACUUCUUCCUGUCGGCGCUGCUGCAGAACUUCACCUUCUCUGAACCUGAAGGAGAGCCACUAGACCUACAGAAGGAUCCUAGCACUUUGUUUUUAAACUAUCCGAAACCUCUGAACGUUGUAAUCACCACGAGGGCUUAAGUGAACACCACAAGAGGACUCAAAUAAUAGUCACUGAACAUACUGGCAGACUUCAGUUUCUUUCAGCGACAUCAUGUAACAGUUUGUCGUACAGAACAUCGUACAAAAAUUUACCUUCACCGUACCUUCAAUCACCAGCCUCAGUAAUACAUGUGACCCCUCCUCCCUCCCUCCCUUCCAUAAAUUUGAUUCUGUCUCGACAUCUCAGCCACGCCCGGAAAGUGACUCUCACCAAACAUUACUUACAGUUUAACCCUGUCAUGGAUUGUGAGGCUAAGGCCUCAUACAACCCGACCUGAAUAUUUGUUUCGGGAAGAUAAGACCACAGGCGAGGUGACUGCAUUAUCAAAAUUCCAUUAGCAAGGUAUGGAACCAAGAUAAAGGGGCCUGAUGGGACAGUGACCCAUUGUUUCAUUGUUUUGCAUCCCGUAGGGGGGGGUGGGGACAUCACAUUUAAGUUAGUAGGUCCCGACCAUGCGUUAGUUAAGGCCUCCUGCUCCCCAGUCUUCAGGGAACGGGUUGCUUGCAGAGUUCUCCUGCCGCGACAUCGUCUGAACUUUUAUAGCAGAGCUGAAGUUAGAACCGUCAGUGACACAAAACUGUGAGUGUGCAUCACUUGUGAAAACUUGUUUGCUACAGGAGCAAUCCAAGCCGGCCUCCUGAUGUCAACCCAGAGAAGUUUAAUUAAAUUUGCGGUCCCCAGGUUGACAAAAUCCCUCUUUACAACAUUACUUAUAUUGUGGCGUCAAUGUGAGUGACUCGUAUAUCCAUGCAAAUUGUAAAGCAGUGUAAGGAACCUUGCCAAAUAAAUCUAAGUGCAAUUA